CAACUCUUCGUCAAACGGCUGCAUUCAACACAUGCGCUUGAUGUCUCUCGUACCUACCUUCUUGCGGCCGAACGCAGCCAAAGCAGGCUGAGCUGGCGUGCACAUUCGCGCGGGCAGCUUCCAAACUUGGAGCAAGUGCAGCGUGCAUCGAUCUGCGCUCGUCGGUGACUUCCUUAUAAAGUAAAAGGCUCUUUGCAAGCUCCAUGAGGACCAGCAGCGCGGCCGCAGCUGCUGGUGCACGGGCCCGCGCCACCCCCGUGGCCAAGCCAGCCGCCCCUGCAGGGCCAGUCCCCUGCCACGGUCCAUCGCUGACGCAUCUCUGGCCUAUCCUUGGGCCCAACCCUAAGCUGCUACGCCCUUCACAUAGCUCCACCGGACCCGCGGCUUCGUGCCGUCGGGUGCUGCUGCGCGCGUGCGGCGGCGGCAGCAGCGGUGGCGGUGGCGGCGGCGGUGGCCCCCGACGCUGGCGCCCUCAUGGAGGCGGAGACGGUGACGGAGACGGCGGCCCCAGCGGCAGCGACGGCAGCGGUAGCUUUGGAGUCCAGGCUGCCGCCGCCGCCGCUAGGACCUGGGUCCUAACCGCCGUCGGCGCCGCCGCAUUCUUAGCCGGCCUCGGCAUCGCCAGCCCCGCCGCAGCUGCCUCUGGCGCAGCCUCCUUCCCUCCAGCCGCCAGGGCCAGCCGUGGCGCCACCGCGCCGCCGCCGCCGCCGCCACCCGCCGCGGCCGCAACACCUCUGUCCGGCGCUGCCGCUGCGUCCUCCUCCUCCUCCUCCUCAGAACCAAUCGCCGACGGGGCCGCCUCCACUGACGCCAUCAGCCGCCUCAGACGCCUCAUGCGGGAGGCGUUCGCAUCACUCACGGAGCUGGGCGCGCGGGUGGAAGGCCUGGAGGCGGCGGCGGGCGCGGCGGCGGCGGCGGCGGAGGCAGGCGACGGCUUGGUGAUACCCAUGGAGGGCUUUGCAGUGGCGCCGUACGCACGUGCGCUGGCGGGCGGGUCGGACCUGCGGCUCCGUUGCCGUGCGCAGGUGUCCGGAACGGUCGACGCGCCGGUGUUGAUGCCGCUGCUGCUUGCCGCCUCAGCCCCCGAGCCCGGCGACGGCGGCGACGAGUUUGGGGUUGACGGCGCCAGCGUCGGCGCUAUCAGCUACAUCGCGCCGCCGCCGCUGCCGGCGGCGCUUAGACUGCCUGCCCUUGCGGCGGCGGCGGGCGUGGGCAACCCCGCUGCCCCCGCGCUGCGGCUGCGCAUUCAGUCCAUGUGGGGUGGCCCUUCGACUUCCCAGACGUCACAGGAGGCAGCGACCGGGCCCGGCGGCGGCGGCGCCGCCUCCGCCGCCGACGGCGUCGUAGCGAUAGAUGCGCUUGGCGGCUGGCAGGGCGGCGGUGGCGAUGGCGGCGGCGGCGCCGCCACUACCGCCGCCGGGCCGCACCCGAUGCGCGUGACGGCGCACCUGCAGCUCGCCACCGCCGCCGCCGCCGCCACCGCCGGCAUGGGCCUGGCGCCGCCGCCGCCGCUGGCGUCGGGCUUACUAAGCAGCUCCGGCAGCGGCGCCGCCGCCGCCGCCGCCGGCCUGGAGUCUUUAGUAAUUGAGCGGUUGGUGAUGAAGGCAGACCCGCACCCGGCGCUGCGGCUGCUGGCGGCUUCGCGGGGGGCGCUGGAGAAUGUGGCGAGGAACGUCAACCCGUUCGCAGCUGCUGCAGGCCUUCCUCGCGGCCUGACCUCAGCCAUGCGCCGCGGCCACGACCUCGACGCCACCCGUGCCGGCGGCCUGGGCGCCGCCGCCGCCGCCGCCGCCGGCGAUCUGUCCCUCGCCUUUGGCGCAUUCGUGCCGCAGCCGCAGCCCAAUGCGCUGCUGGGCGCAGGAGCUGCUUCCUGCGGUGGCGGUGGCGGUGGUGGCGGCGUUGGUGGCGGCGCUGGUUGGGGCUCAGGCGCCGGCGCUGCUUCGGGCGGUGGCCUGGUGACGUGCGGCCAGUUGUCGCUGCACCGCUCGCGGCGGGUCGCGCUUUCUGGUGUGUUUUCAAGUGCGAGCGACGGCGGCGGCGGCGACGGCGCAAGUGAUGGCGGCAGCGGCAGCGGCGGCGGCGGAGGCUCCCAGCGGGGAGUCGUGGGCGCCUGGCAGCUCGGCGACAGGGCCACCGUCGCGGCUUGGUACGGCACCGGCAGCUCCUCCGGAUCCGGAUCUGAAUCUGGAUCUGGGUUCAUGCCGCCAACCUGGAUCCGGGUUGCCGGCGCCGGCGAUCAGGGCGGCGGCGGCGCCGCCGUGGGCGGCGACAGUGACACCGGGGAGGAGGGCCCGCUGGGUGCGUGGGCAGAGGCAGGCCCCGUCAGCGUCUCGCCGCCUCGUCCUCGGCCCGGAUCGCGAGGGAAGGCUGCGGGUGGCGUGAGUGGCGGCGGCUGGCGGCUACGGGAGCGGCGGGCUGGGGUGCGGCUGGCGCUGUUGCCUGAUGAGGAGUCGGGUCGCAGCUACGGACUGUGCGUCAGCCACCGGCGCGAAGAGCUGCUGCUACAGCCGGCGGCGGCGGCGGCGGCUGUAGCAGGGGGCGGCGCAGAUGGUGGCAGUAGCAGCAGCAGCAGUAGCGUUGUUGGGGGGACGUGGGUGGUGGAGGCGUCUGCGGCGGUGCCGGUCGCGCACGGUGUGCUGCUAAACCCGGGGGUGGUGCUGUUGCGGCGGGGGGCGGCGGGCGUGGGGUCCAGUACGGUGCUGUGUGCUGCGGCCAACGCUACAUGGAGCUUCUAGAACAUGUCUCUUAAUCGACUCAGCGCUGCUGCCUGAUAAGCAGGCUGACUAAUUGGCACGCUCAAGCAGCUAGUUGAUGGAUGCGGAAGGCCGCCCCGUCCUACCGCGUGUAACGUCGCGUGGCGGCAUGUCGUCGUUCCGUGUCGGUUUCCCAUGACGGGGUUCCAUGCCGGAUUGCCCCAACGGUUUUGCAGACGACGUAUGGUACUCCACGGCACGCGGCCAUGGCUAAUGUAAGCCGCCGUCAGC